AUGAAGUACACAAGUGAAGGGAUGCCGAAAAACUGGGACGGCAACGAUUGCCAGACGUACAAAUGGGCGAUGAUUCCUGUUUUUAAGGAGAACGACCUCAAGGUUAUUGCAGUUGGUGACUUGACCAGGGCAACGCUUGCGACUGCUUCCGCAGAAAAGCAAGAAAAAGAGUUCGCGAAAAAGCUGCUGAAAAUCAUGUGGAUGAUUGGUUUGUCGGUGCCUCCAGAAGUCCUUCAUCAGAUACGCGACAAGGAGGCCGGAUCGGAUAUGUGGAAAGAGCUUUGCAAUCUGUACAAAGGGAAGCAGAACGAAUCAAUCAGGGCAUAUACGAUUCGUCGUGUGGAACAUGAGCUGUGGAACACGAAGUUAACACCUGGAGGAGAUGUGAAUCUACAUAUGUGGAAGGUGUUUAGUUUUAAAGCGAAAUUGUAA